GAGAGAAUGGCAGCAUCCGGCAGCUCCAUGAUGUUGUUGUGCAUCGAAAGUUUGUGUGUGUGGUUCCUUCUCAUUUUUAUUUUUGUUGAACCCUGUUUGUUCCGUAAUUUGGAUCUGAUAGACAAACUAUCUUCUGCCUUUUUAUGUCAUGUCUGAACUGAACUAUGCUGAGAUUAGGAGGGAAUAUGUGAGACGUUUAACACUUGGGGUUGGAUUGUGUUUUGCAUAUUCUUUUCUGGAAAUGCUGAACUGCCUGAAGCAAAACCAGCUUAAGAAUAUAAGAAAACGAAUGGCUCAUUCUUUUUCUUUUUAUUUUGCUUUUAUUAUAUUUCCUAUGGUUGGUGUUUCAUAGCUGAUCUGCUUACAUCAUCGCCUGUUACAACAAAGGGUUGCGAUGACUUUGUAUCGUCAGGCAUUCUAGCUUUGAGAUUGGUGCGAUGCAGCAAAGGAGGGAAUCCCACCUUACAUCCACUCUUACCUCAUCUGGCUAUUUGGCUUCUCAUCAUCAUCCGAUCGAUUUCUCGGAAAAUAAAAGAAUUAACAUGAACAAUAAUGACGUGGCUUUCUUUGGAAGAUUAUUAUUUUUCUUUAUGAUGAUUUCUCUCCUAUUCAGGUUUACCUGACGUGAUAAAUUUGACUCAUCGUGGGCCCUCUAGCUCUUGAAGAAUAGUUGGGCCCUCUGCUAUCUGCAAACGGGCCUUCAAGCCCAGGGUUCAAGCGGUCACCCGAGGCCGAGGUAAGAAAUGGCGAUAAAGAGGAACAGCUGCAGAAACAAGAGCGGUGAGAAGAAGGAAGCUGAAGGGGCAGUGGAGCAGGGGUAAAGGUGGGGGCACUAGUAUGAAGAAGCAGCAGCCAGAGCGGAAGCCUGAAGAGGGGGAGAACAAGAAGAAGAACAGGAAGGAGAAGGUCGCGGGAGAUGACAAGACGAAGAAAAAGAACUUGAGUCGGAAGAAGAUGGAGGGAGUGGGCGAGGAUAGGAAUCAAGCGAACAAGAAGAGGAAAUCGAAGGAAGGAGUCACCAAAAAGGAGGAGGCGCAGGAGAAGAAGAGGAGCAGAAACGGGGACAUCGGUUUCUCCUCCUCCAUCGCCGCUGACAAGGAGUCUGGAGGUGGUGGCAGCGCUUCCUGCAGCUUCCCGAUGAGCCGCGUCCGGCGCCUCAUGCGCCUCGAGGGCGGGAACGCUAAUGUCACCAUCAGCGGGAUCUCCUCCGACGCCGUCUUCCUCGUCAACAAGGCAUCCGAGAUGUUUCUGGAGAAGUUUGUCAAGGAUUCUUUUGCUAGAGGGAUGAGGAGGCAGAAGAAAUCCGUCACCUACAAAGAUCUAUCAUCGACCGUCCACUCUAAAAAGAGAUACGAAUUCUUGUCAGAUUUUGUCCCAGAGAAAGUAAAAGCCGAGGAUGCAUUGAAGGCGAGGGCGCUCGUCGUCGGUACAUGAUUCCGCCAAAAGCUUCAAAUGCGAGAGCACAAAGUAAACCCUAUUUUUGUGUGUCAAUCUCUGUACCAUCAUCAGGUCUCCCCCACGGGAGGAGGGAGUUUUGAUAUGUUGCUGUGUGCGCUCGAGCAUGAUAGAUCGAUAUGUGAAAUACUGAGUUCAAGAGCGUUCCUCUUUUACCCUCUUA